UCCCCCCUUCUUCAAAGGGUCGAUUAGCCUUCGCCUCGCCGAAGCGAUGGACGUGUUGUGAUCUGUCAGUAUUUGAAUUCACUGAGCAUCAACAACCGGAGCGACUCCUGUACGCAUGUGAUUCACCAUGCCGCCUCGAAAGAAGGAGUACGGGAUUAAACGAGAGAGCGGAUCCCCGGUCCACUUCAGAUCUCCAGUAAGCGCGACCACCGUUCGCCGACACUCCGCCGUCGUUCCCUCGGUGCUGACGUUCGCCGUGAUCGUGGCAUCCGGAGGCCUGUUGCUCAUGAUAGAGAAGGGAAUGCUGAACAGCGUGCAGACUCCGCCGCCACGCGCCAACGGGAACAAAGUGGAGUACCGACCGAGGAACGGCGACGCGGCCGUGGACGUGGAGUCUCAGAUUAUACAAGAGAUCCGCAAUCGCACCAUAAGAUCGAUGUGUGGUCAGAAGAACAUGCCUCACAGCGUGUGGUCUCUGAAUCCGCCUCAGAGGAAGACUCUCCUCCAGCACAUACUAGUGAACGACGAGCAUCGCUUCCUCUACUGCUACGUGCCCAAAGUGGCCUGUUCCAACUGGAAACGAGUGCUGAAGGUGCUGAGUGGCGCUCUGGCCAACGUGGAGGUCAAAGUGAAGAUGGACCAUCGUGCCGAUUUGCUCUUCCUCUCUGACUUUCCUCCCGAAGAGAUCCGCCAUCGACUGCGACACUACUACAAGUUCAUGUUCGUGCGGGAGCCGAUGGCGCGCUUGCUUUCGGCCUACCGCAACAAGUUUGGCGAAAUUGAGGCGUACCAGCGGAAGUACGGCGCGGAGAUCAUACGUCGCUAUAGAAAAGGCUACGCGAAGGAGAAAAAAAUAGCGGGGAACGACGUGACGUUCACAGAGUUUGUGCGUUAUUUGCUCGACGAAGACCCGGAGCGAAUGAACGAACACUGGAUGCCCAUCUACAACCUGUGCCAGCCCUGCGCCAUAGAAUACGACUUUAUAGGCUCGUACGAGAGGCUGGAGACGGACGCCUCUUACGUGCUGGAGCGCGUCGGAGCGCCGCGACACGUGCGCUUCCCUGAACGCCAAACAUGGUACAAACCCGUCACCAAAGAAACGCUGCAUUAUUACUUAUGCACUGUCCCACAGAAGUUUCUCAAAGAGCUCUUGCCCAAGUAUAUUUUGGACUUCUCUCUGUUCGGUUACCCUUUACCCAACACAACCACUGAAUACUGUCGGCAUUAACAAAGGCAUUGUCUUAAACCAGCAUUGUGAGAUUGUCUAUAAUCUUUCAAUAUGUUAAUAUUUUAAUACUUUGGUUUUUUUUUUUUUUUACCUGUACAGAAUUGAAAAUAUAUUUGAAUAUAAGCCUCGGUACAGUGUAUUUGAGAGCUAUUUAAGUUCAAACCACUAUUUAAAACUGGAAAUACUCAAUCAGCUAUUUUUAUUCAUGAUAUGCAGUAGGUUGUUAUUAAUGGGAAUAACAUGAACACAUUGUGCUGUGCGCAAGACUAUCGUGAGAGUUUUAUAUUAGUAAGCACAAGCGACCACAUUUUUUUUCACUUGUCAUUGCAGUAAUAAAGCAUCCAGUGUCUUCUUUUUUUUU